CAUCUCUUCCACAUCCCACAAUCAACCGAUCUCCAUAGCUCCAUGGUGCACCUCGAGGAGCUUCAUCAUCAGGUCGCCGGCGCCGGCGGCCAUGAUGAACAUCAGGAGCAGCAGCAGCAGCUGAUCGUCGCCGUCGUCGAUGGCGGCGGGGAGGAGGAGAAGAAGAAGAAGGAGAAGGAGAAGCAUGAGGUAGUGCCUCAGCUGAGGUUCCCGCCGGGGUUCCGGUUCGUGCCGUCUGAUCUGGAGCUGAUGGAUGUGUUCCUCCGUGGCAAGAUCGACGGCCGGAAGCUGCCGCUUGAGGUCGUCUUCUUCGAGGUCCCAAUCCUCAACUGGGAGCCCGACAAGCUCGUCGAGGCGCGAAAGGCGUAUGGGACGGAUAGGUGGUACUUCUUCACCAAGUGGGAGCAGUCGACGACGAACAAGGCAGGCGAGCCGCGGCGGAAGCUGCACGACGUGGACGCGACCUGGAAGGCCACGGGGUCCCGGACUACCGUCCGCCGGGGCUCGGGCCCGGCGGGGGUGGUCGUCGGGACCAAGAAGCUCCUCACCUACCAUGUCGGAGGCGACGUCGGCAACUGGAGCAUGCAUGAGUACCUCUUGGAUGGCACAGACCAGAUGGAUCAGUUCGUCCUGUGCACGAUUCAAGAAAAGGUACACUGCAAUGGCAAGAGACGCAAGAGGCCGGCAAAGGAGCUGCUGCCCAAGAGGAAGAAGGAGGAGGCUGCAGCCAGUGGUAGCAGCCAGUCCCAGUCCCAGUCCCAGCAGCAGCCGGAGCAGGAAGAGACCACGGCUUACUACUCUGACCCGCUGCCGCCCCCAUUGUCGGAGCACGGGCAAUACUAUGAUCAGUACCAUCUAGCUGCUUUGCAAGAAGAAGAUGAAGACGAAGAGUUCCCCAUGGAGCUGGAGCCGCUGCUGCCAUUGUUGGAGCACAGGCAAUAUUACCACCCCCAAGCUUCCUUGCAAGAAGAACACGCCGUGGCGUUCGGCGCUGACCCGCUAGAAGGAUACCUAGAUGGAGAUCACCAUGAUUACCCGCUUGUUGAUGUUGCUACAGAAGAAGAGGACACAUUAGCAUACAACGGAUUCGGCGCGUUAGAGCCGCCAUUGAUGAUGCCUCAAGAUCAGCAUGGUUACCAAGCUUUGCUGCUAGAAGAGAUGAACAUUGAAUACUACAUGCAGCAGCUAGACCGCAAUCAGGGGCAGCAGUCGAUGUGGGGUCAAAAUCAAAUAUCCUCCCAAGUCAAUGAGUAUACUUGUUGGCAUGGUCAUCAUCUCUACCAGCAAUCUGCAGCACAGAAAACAGGAACUUUGGAAGACAUGUUUGGAUGCCCAGACACCGUGCUUCAAGAACAGGAGCCACUCUCUCAUGAAGCACCAUCUGGUGAUGAUACUAGAGGUGAUCUUGUUUUCUUGGUAAAUGGCAACAAUGGUGGCAAAGAUGCAAGAAUGGCGUCGCAUGUGUGCCAACAUGGGGGAGAAGGGCAGCAUAAGAGUACUAUGGAUAUGGUGAGUUUUAAUUACCGCGGCGGUGAUAACCUAGUUGUCCGCUGUUGUCUCUUGUGUGUCAAAUCAUGUGAAUCCUGUAAUACACAGGUGGAUUUUAAUUAGUUUAUGGGGAAGACGUUUUAGGAAGUAAACCAAUUUCUUGUUGCUAUAUACCUUUAUUAUAGGGCUUUGAUGUCAUUGAUCGAUGGCUAUGUUGCCCUUUCUCGCAUUUUGCUUGAUAUGACAAUGAAACUAUAUGCAUUUGCUACUUAUCUAUGUGGGAUUUUUAUUAUUAUCUUUAUUUUGUACUUCAGUGAUUUUUUUAUAUUUUGUAGUCCAACGGUGUUGGUAACUAUUUGGGCAUUUGCAUCCAUCUUGCAUGUUUGAGAUAUUCUUCACACUGUGGAGACAGCACAAGUAUAUAACUGUUAUAGCAUAGUAAAAGUGCACUUGUGAUAUACAAUCCAUACAUAGUAGCUUAAUUCCAGAUUUUACCUGUAUCAUAAUGUUACAAAGAGAGUAUAUCAA